AUGGCGAACAUUAACGGAACCAUCACCGUCCUCGCCCCUCCCGAUGGCUAUGUCGUCGACCUCGAAAACCCCAAAACACAAUACGUGGUUGAGUCGUACACGGUUGUCGCAGUGGAGAUGACAUUCUGUUUCCUCUUUUUGCUUCAGCGGCUGUACACAAAGAUCGUAAUCAUGAAGAAGUUCCAAUUGGAGGAUGGGGUGGUCAUCUUUGCCUGGUUCUUCUGUAUGGGCACACAGAUUUGCGGGCUUUUGGGGUUGGCCCACGGAGCCAUCGGGCGACACGCUUGGGAAAUUAGCAUUGAGAAGUAUGCAUUCUACUCACGGAUCAUCCUCGCUGCACCACUUCUCUACGCUAUUGGUACUGCAGCGGCUAAAAUUUCACUCGCUCUUUUCUAUCGACGUUUGAACCCUAAUAAGGUGUUCCAAGGCUUUGUCUGGUUCACUCUCUUUGUAUGCCUGGCCGCGUACACUGCCAUAUUCUUCAGUUUGCUGUUCGCUUGCAAACCCAUAGCAGCAAGCUGGGACCCCUUGCUUCUUGCUCUUCCAACCACGGUCUGUCUCAACCGCGGCGGCAUAUACCUCGCUCAAGCUGUCAUCGGAAUCGUCACCGAUGUCUUACUACUUGCGCUGCCGGUACCCACGGUGCUGAAACUUCAAAUGCCUAAUAAGCAGAAGCUUGGUUUGGUCGGUAUCUUCGGGGUGGGAUCAAUCACUAUCGUUACUUCUAUCGUGCGACUGAUAAUUCUUUUACCCUCUCUGACGACCGCGGAUCAAACCUGGGUUAUUGGCGAAGGUUUCUUAUGGAUCUACGUUGAAGCUAACCUCUUGAUAAUGUGCUGUUGUCUGUCUACCCUUCGGCGUUUCUUCAAGCACUUUGCACCCCGCCUGAUUGGCGAGUACUCAUCCGGCAGCAACAGCAAGUCCCACGAGCGCGGCUUCUCGCGCAACCACGCGCAGCGUACUUUCGGUAGCGGUGGCGCCAAACGCACCCUUGAUACGCUCAUGAACACGAAGAACGAAGACAAUGGUAUUCCGCUGUCGUCUUUUGAUGACAUGGAUAAAAGUGGUGGUAAGAUAGCAACGAAGGCGAAGAACAUGGGCAGAGACAGUGAUAGUGAGGAAGCUAUCCUGUUCGAAAGAAGCGUUCAAGUGACAUACGAGAACCGUGAUGAUCAGAGCAUGAGCGGGGGAGGGCCAGCGAGAGGCUACGAAGGGACUCAGUCCCAUCAGCCCAAAGUUUGGACUGAGAGGAGAGCGCCUCAUGCUCACUGA